AUGUCUGAUAAUGAUAGUAAAGAUGAAUCUUCACUUAAUACGGAUUCAAACUUGACAAAAAAUGAUUUAAAACAUGUUCCAACUAGAAUAUCAGAAUCAGUAAACAUUGUAGAUCGCUCAUUGCUCUCAGUCCCCUACGAGUUGUUGUCUGCGAACAUAAAAGAAAUCGAGCAUUUGUUGGAGAAAAAAUUAUUGAUUGUUACAACAUAUUUGAUAAAAAAAGUCGUUAAUAUUGAGGAUAAAAACUUGCUAAAGGAGAAAUUGGCAAGAGCAUUGGAAAGAUUGCAACAAAUCAAAGAUCAUAUAAAAAAAAUAGAUGAUGAUAUGGACCGAAAUUUGUCAAAUUUAUUCACGAGACUAAAUGAACUCAAAAAUGAACCAGAUUUGUAUAUUAACCAAAUAAAUCCAAAUUUUAAUUUUGAUACAUACAGAAAAAGGGUAUCUUGGAUGCUCGCUGAAUAUUUGUCAAGGAAAUGUUUUACAAACACUGUAGGUAUGCUUGUAGAAACAGAAAACAUCAAAGAAUUCGUGGAUUUAGAUAUUCACCAAAAUUGUAACAAAAUAAUCGAUGAUUUGAUGCAACACGACCUAACGUCUGCCUUGGCCUGGGCAGAAGAAAAUAAAAAUAAUUUGUCAAAGAUUAAUUCCAAUCUUUUGUUUGAAUUAAGGUUACAGAAGAUAAUAUCGAUACUAAAAUCUGGAACACUAAAUCAAGUUCUGGACCUGAUAAACCAAUUCAUAACUCACGAAGUGCUUACAAAAUGCCCAGAUGCAAAAAAAAUAAUUACUGCAGCAAUUUUUUAUACUAAUGAAGACUUAAAACAGGAGGAACACGAUGAUUUCAUCUCAUACACAACAACAGUCGAGACUCUAGUCGAUUUGGACACCAAUGCAGAGGAAAUAGACGAUAGAUACAGGUACUUAAUGAGUGAUCAAAGGUGGAAUAAAAUAAUUGAAGAAUUCGGGAGGACAAUAUCUAAGAUAUACGGCUUUAGAGAAAAGUCUAUAUUGGAAGAUCUGAUACAAGCGGGAUUUAGCGCUAUCAAAUCGAAAGGAUGUAGAGAUUAUAAGAAUCCUACAUGUCCAGCAUGUCUACCAGAAUGGUCUAGCUAUGUAGAACAGAUACCAAAUCUACACAAGUUGCAAUCCAUUCUGAUAUGUCCCAUUACAGGAACUAUUAUGGAUUAUUCAAACCCACCAUUAGCAUCUCCAGACGGAUAUGUCAUUUCUAAAAAUGCACUGAAGUUUUUAAAUCGCAACAACAACAACGAUGAUUAUAUCAUCUGUCCCAAAACUAACAAAACUAUACACAUUUCUGAUUUUAAAAAAAUUUUUAUAACUUGA